GUACAGACGGGCCCCGUGAAGCUCCGUAACAGAACGCGGGCUAAUGUAAACUUUCAAAGAGAGUGAAUUUACAGCGAACGUGUCCAUGUAAAUAAAAAUCUUCCGGGGGAAUUAACAUUUUUUUUAUAUGGAAAUAACUCUCUGUCGAUGCUGCUUUGCAACAGAAGAGUGAAGUUGUCCUUCUGAGCUGGUAAAAACUAGCUGGCUAACGUAGCAAGCUAACAGCUAAGUCUGCUACAGCUGCGCAGUUUCUUCGCAGCGUCGUUUCUUUCACCGAAAACACACACUUUGACAUAAGUGACACACACCGGUGAAGUUUGUUUACUUAUUGUGUCUUCUUUACACUAUAUCUUGGAGACUGGUAUGGGCCGGCUUUACUCGGCUUUACUAGCCUGCUGCUGCUGCUAAUUGGUACAUAACUUAAAGCCAUAAUGAAGAGAAGAAGUGAUCCACCGCUGUCACCUUUGCUAGGGGUGAAGAAGCGGCGUGAUGACAGCAGUUCAGAUGAAGAGUCACUAUCUAGACAAGACUCCAGCCAAAAUGACUCCCUCAGUGAUCAAGAAGAUCACAGACCUGGUUUCUCCAUGCCCUCCAUAUCCUUUAAUAGCCAGGACAGUGAUGUCUCCUCACAAACGUCCAAGUUCUCCAUGUAUAACAGUGUGUCACAGAAGCUCAUGGCCAAAAUGGGUUUCCGUGAGGGCGAGGGCCUGGGUAAGUUUGGCCAGGGCCGUAAAGAGAUUGUGGAGGCUUCAACACAGAGAGGAAGGAGGGGUCUUGGUCUGACAUUGCAGGGUUUCCAGGGGGAACUGAAUGUUGACUGGCGUGAUGAACCUGAGCCCAGUGCUAUAGAGAAGGUAGACUGGUUCCCAGAAUGCACUACAGAGACACCAGAUGCAGAUGAGCUGAAGGACUGGAUGACUCUGGGAGAGAGGAAACUUAAGAUCGAGGAUGAGACAGAGUUUUGCACUGAAGACCUCCUGCACACUCUUCUGAGGUGCAAAGUAAUAUUUGAUGACCUGGAAGGUGAAGAGAUGAGGAGAGCGCGGACACGUUCUAACCCGUACGAAACAAUCAGAGGAGGAAUCUUCCUCAACAGAGCAGCUAUGAAAAUGGCCAACCUUGACCAUUGCUUUGAUAAUAUGUUCACAAACCCAAAGGACUCACAAGGGAAACCUCUGACAAAGGAUCGUGAAGGUGAGCUUCUGUACUUUGGUGACGUCUGUGCAGGGCCCGGAGGCUUUUCAGAGUACAUAUUGUGGAAAAGACGCUGGCACGCCAAAGGCUUUGGCAUGACACUGAAAGGACCCUGUGACUUCAAACUGGAAGACUUUUUUGCAGCACCGAGUGAGCUGUUUGAGCCCUACUAUGGUGAGGGUGGUGUGGACGGAGAUGGAGACAUUACUCGGCCAGAAAACGUGACUGCUUUCCGCAACUUUGUGCUGGAGAGUACAGAGAGAAGAGGGCUGCACUUCCUUAUGGCAGAUGGGGGUUUCUCUGUGGAAGGCCAAGAAAACAUCCAGGAGAUUCUGAGCAAACAGCUGCUGCUCUGUCAAUUCCUCACUGCAUUAUCUACACUCAGAACAGGUGGACACUUUGUCUGUAAGGCCUUUGACCUGUUUACUCCCUUCAGUGUGGGUUUGGUCUACCUGCUCUACCUCUGUUUUGACAGGAUCUCAAUCUUCAAACCUGUCACAAGCAGGCCGGCCAACUCUGAGAGGUACGUAGUGUGCCGCGGUCUGAAGCCUGGCUCAGACGCCGUUAGGGAAUACAUGUUCAAAGUCAACCUGAAACUGAACCAGCUGAGGAACACAGACACGGACGUUACAGAUGUGGUUCCCCUGAGCAUCAUCAAGGACGACACUGACUUCUACCAGUUCAUGGUCAACUCCAAUGAGAGCCUCUGUGCAGUCCAGAUAAAGGCCUUGGCAAAGAUUCAUGCUUACGUUGUAGAUCCGACCCUUUCAGAGCCAAGACAAGCUGACAUAAGAAAGGAGUGUCUCAAACUUUGGGGGGUCCCAGACAAGGCCAGAGUCACUCCUGCUUCCUCAGACCCAAAGUCAAAAUUUUAUGAACUGAUUAAGAACUCAGAUGUAGAUUCAUUUCAGUGCAAACUCACGCCACUCAACUCCACCACCCUCGAUAAGCUGCGUCAUAUCCUGGACCACCGGUGCAUUGUGGGAGGUGGUGAGCAGAUCUUCCUUUUAGCACUGGGGAAGUCGCAGAUAUACACAUGGGAUGGAAAGAUGCCCGUACGCUGGAGGAAACUAGAGAAUUUCAAGCUUGAGCUGCCAAGAGAUACACUUCUGAGCGUGGAAAUCGUCCAAGAACUGAAGGGAGAGGGUAAAGCUCAGCGUAGAAUUAAUGCGGUUCAUGUGAUGGAUGCACUGAUACUGAAUGGCACUGAUGUAAGAGACCAGCAUUUCAACCAAAGGAUUCAGAUGGCUGAGAAAUUCGUGAAGGCUGUGGCCAAACCCAGCAGACCCGACAUGAACCCCAUCAGAGUGAAGGAAGUUUACAGACUUGAGGAAAUGGAGAAAAUCUUCGUCAGGCUGGAGAUGAAGCUAACGAAGAGUUCAGGAGGAGUCCCACGUCUGUCGUAUACCGGCAGAGACGACCGACACUUCCUCCCCACAGGCCUCUACAUCAUUAAGACAGUCAACGAGCCGUGGACGAUGGCGUACAGUAAGAACUCUAAGAUGAAAUUCUUCUUUAAUAAAAUCACUAAGGAGUCCACGUAUGAAAUGCCACCAAACUCUGCUGCCCCCUUCCACGUCUGCCACUCAGAGCGACUCUUCUGGGCCUGGGUCGACGGGGUCAUAGUUCACGAUUCGCAGACACGAAUGGAUCGAGAGAAACUGUCCAAAGAUGACGUGUUGUCGUUCAUCCACCAGAAUUACCAGCCCUGAAACACUCACGGAAACAGAUCCGUUAGCUACGAGAAUGAAGAGUGCACUAAUCUACGGAGGUCAUAGAGACUUCAGAUGUAUUAAUUUGUAUUUAUUUUGACAAUAAAAGGAUUCUAAAAGACAGCUAAGUCAACAAAUAAUACAAGUCCAUAACCUGCAUUCAAGCAACUACAAAAAAUCCUUUCAUUGUCACACUAAAUAUGGAAUAAUACUUUACUUUCUCUUUUUAAAGCCCUCUAUUUCCUCCAUAAAGUGAUGCUUUGGGAAGUUCUUACUUGCUUCUAACUGGAGUUCUUCAGCUUCGGUGAUAAAUAGUUUGCUGCUAUUUGUAGCGGUGACAUUUGGACUUUUGACAUUUGACAAACCACUCGGUCUUUCUGCCUUUUCCACUGCCCUUGGCUCUGAAUUAUAAUGAACAGGCCUCGCUUUAUAAAACAACGCAGAAGAAAACACUUCCAUCAUCUGUACAUUGAGUUUGCAUGUCCCCUUAGAUUCAGUUUUUCAGUUCUCCGGCCAUUAUGUUUGUGUGCAUACAUUACACUGGCAAUGACAAGCAAAUAUACAAACUAUGCAUCAAUAUUUAUAAAUGCCGUCUUGCUCGCGUCUGUCUGCUCCCGCUUUAGACACAACUACUCCUUUGUCAUCAAUAUGCAAACGAGAAUCGAUUUGCAACACACAUUUUGCUGCUUUUUGCCUCGAGUUGGACUCAAAACACACAAAAAAACUACAAAAAUUGUUCCAGCUCCUUCAUUUUAUUGCAGCAGUUUCCCAAAGGACGUUUGUGAGUCACAGAUACAGCAGUGUUUCCUGUUCAUAUCUGAUCUAAAAUAGGGUGCUCGUGUGAGUUUUCAAAGUGUUCGUUACGGUUUUUUGAUUGUUUCUACCCUGACACCUCAAUGUGAUUGUGUGUCAUGUUGCUGUUUUUCUUAAAUUUGCAUCCGAGUUAUUUUUUUCUUGUGAAGCGAGCUAUCCAUGUCGUUGAUGUAAAUAAUGAGGAUAAUGUAGUAAAUAAAUGGGAGGUUUUCCCAGAAAUUA